AUGUCGCCAUCACAACCUAUGAACGUUGAAGAAGCUUGCAAACGAUCGCCCUUAGCCAAAGGCUUUGAUAUCAGCUUCUCUCACGUAACCUGGGAACAAAUUGCCCCCUUUGUCGGGAUUGAUACCUUUUUCGGGCUUGCAAGGCUCCCCAAGUUUGAACUCAAGCGAGCUCGAAUCCCGACGGUAUUUUUCAAGUCGAUAGUCCAACAGAUCGAUCGUAACAAUUCCGUAUAUGGGCCCCUACGGACUCAUUUAAACGAAGAGGCUCAUUCCCGCUUCAUAGCCCCAGUUUUUAUCGGAGUGGCGGAUUUAUUCUGCUCUUCGAUCACUGGUGUUCCCGAAACAGCCCUUGGGGGCCGUGUUGCAACCAAGGGCAGGGUUGAACAUCACUUUGUCGCUGUCGGCGGGCUAACGCUGCUGGUUGUCGUGACUAUGUAUAAGCUGGGUACUCCAAUGGAACGACGGAAUGCCAUCGCGCAAAUGGUUGCAGAGGCCGAUGCUCGUGAUUACCGAAACCUCACUCUAUCAUAUAACGGCCCCGUAUACUGCAUUCUGUUUGACGGGGAGUCUUUUACAUAUUUCAAGUACGAUCACAGCGAGAAACGCAAAUUCUUCCGAGGCAAACUAGGCGAGGUGGAGGUGUUCAGGUUAGCAGACUCAGAAACGGACCCAAGACAGUUCAUCCAAGACCUGCGUUCCGUGUGUGAAAUCACCUUUUCUCUACUGCUGCACGCGCACGGCCAGGCUCUCCAAUCUCUAGCCGAAAGAGAUCCUGACGAGGAAGAGGGAUGGAAAAGUGGAGCUAACACCGUUGAAGGAGUUCUGCAUGAAUGUCUCAAUGCAGCUUUCUUCGAUAAAGUUGUAGCCGAUCAGCUGGCAGGGACGGCACUCACAAAGCUCUCUGAUACUCCCUACCUCCAGGUGCGAUACAAACCAGCCAUCAUCGCCUCAUGGAAUUCUUCGAUGAUAUCUAGUUACCUAUCCGCUGUUGAGCGGGCAGUAUUUGCUGCUAUCGAUGAAGUUGCUCCAUGCACGCGACAAUCGAGUUCGGACAGUGUUACGACCCCUGGACACUCUGAAACCUUUUGUUUGGAGGAACGAAUGGGUCUUCCGCAAGUGGCUGACGACGCAGACUAUAGUGGCUGUCCCAGAGCUUUAGCCUUCCUUCUGAAGACGCGAGGAAGAGUUAAUGGUAUCCGUGGAGAACGAGCCAUAAAAUGCAAUGGGCAUUUCGCGCGAGACACGGAGGAUUCGAACGGCCGGACACCGGGACAGGAUUCAAUGCUGCAGCAUCCAGAGGUUGAGUUUGACAAGGAGAGCGUAGAGGAAAUGAAGAGCAGUAAGACCCAUAACCGAUGUGCCCAGCACAUUAACAAUCUCGAUUUAACAUACAUUCUCUAG